UUGAAGAGCUCCCCCCCAGCUGGCCCUCCACUAGUUUAUGACAAACAGGCUAGUUUACGGACGAUGUCCGUAUCUUGGCUACUCCUGACUUAUCCGACAUCAUAAGUUUAUAUUUUGUGUUUUUUUUUUAGUUCUUAAGGGUUAGCGUCAUGGAGCCGUCAGCGCCGAAAAGUAAGCUGAAAAAGCUGAGUGAGGACAGUUUGACCAAACAGCCAGAGGAAGUGUUUGAUGUUCUGGAGAAACUUGGUGAAGGCUCCUAUGGCAGUGUAUUCAAGGCCAUCCAUAAAGAGUCAGGGCAGGUGGUGGCCAUCAAGCAGGUUCCUGUGGAGUCCGAUCUGCAGGAAAUCAUCAAGGAAAUCUCCAUCAUGCAGCAGUGUGACAGCCCUUAUGUUGUAAAAUAUUAUGGAAGUUACUUCAAGAACACGGACCUGUGGAUCGUCAUGGAGUACUGUGGAGCUGGAUCCGUUUCAGACAUCAUCAGGCUGCGAAACAAAACUCUGACAGAAGAUGAGAUUGCCACCAUCCUGAAGUCAACGCUAAAGGGUCUGGAGUACCUUCAUUUCAUGAGAAAGAUCCAUCGUGACAUUAAGGCAGGAAACAUCCUUCUCAACACGGAGGGUCAUGCCAAACUGGCUGACUUUGGAGUUGCGGGGCAGUUGACGGACACCAUGGCAAAAAGAAACACUGUGAUUGGUACUCCAUUCUGGAUGGCUCCAGAAGUGAUCCAGGAGAUCGGCUACAACUGCGUAGCAGACAUCUGGUCUCUGGGCAUCACUUCUAUAGAAAUGGCAGAGGGGAAACCUCCUUAUGCUGACAUCCACCCGAUGAGAGCCAUCUUCAUGAUCCCCACCAACCCUCCUCCUACGUUCAGGAAGCCGGAGCAUUGGUCAGAUGACUUCACAGACUUUGUCAAAAAGUGUUUGGUCAAAACCCCAGAUCAGAGAGCAACAGCAACACAGCUCCUACAGCAUCCGUUCAUCAGCCAGGCCAAACCCGUGUCGAUCCUCAGAGAUCUGAUAACUGAGGCCAUGGAGAUGAAAGCCAAGAGGCAGCAGGAGCAGCAGAGAGAGCUGGAGGAGGAGGAUGAUAACUCUGAGGAGGAGACCGAGGUGGACUCCCACACCAUGGUGAAGUCGGGUUCUGAGGGCGCCGGGACCAUGCGGGCCACCAGCACGAUGAGCGACGGGGCCCAAACCAUGAUCGAACACGGCAGCACCAUGCUGGAGUCCGACCUGGGGACCAUGGUCAUCAAUAGUGAUGACGAAGAGGAGGAGGAAGACCAAGGGUCAAUGAGAAGGAAUGCCACCCCCCAGCAGCCCAUACGUCCUUCCUUCAUGGACUACUUUGAUAAGCAGGACUCCAACAAGGCGGCUCAGCAGCAGGAAAACUACAACCAAAAUCAGCCGCUGGAGCAGCCCGGCUACCACAUCCAGUCCAAAAAUGUCUUUCCUGAUAACUGGAAGGUCCCGCAGGAUGGAGACUUUAACUUUUUGAAGAACCUGGACUUUGAGGAGCUGCAGUUGCGCCUCACCGCCUUGGAUCCCAUGAUGGAGCGGGAGAUCGAGGAGCUGCGGCAGCGCUACACCGCCAAGCGGCAACCCAUCCUGGACGCAAUGGAUGCUAAGAAGCGAAGACAACAGAACUUUUAAGGGCUCUUCCGAUCCUUCCUCCCCUUCCCAAAGCCAGCAGCAAACUUCUGUCCCAGCAGGAGAACAAAGACCACCAUGUUGUUCUUGCCUAAACCCUCUAACGUCCCGACUGACUGCUAACUGGCCUCCGAAUGAAGUUUAGAUGCUUUCUUCCCUGGAUGACGUCUGUUUCUACGCAGUUGCUGUGAAGCCGCUUUCUGGUAAACGCUGAUCAGGACUGUGGGCAAAAAAUAGAGAAGUGACCCUGAGGCCAUCUUAAAAAGGAAUUUCCUCUUUUCUCUGUGAACUGUCAGCCUUAGGAGUCGGCAUCGGCACAUAAGGAAGUCAGUCCUGCAGCAGGAGCAGCUGUAGACGCAGCAGAUCUAAUGAAGUGCUUUUUUUUUUUUUUUUCCUUUAUUUUCUUCUUCAGACUUUUUACUUCCAAUGUAAAUAUAACGCAGAGCCUAGUUUGGAAAUAACCACCAUCAGAUGCUGUGGAGGUUCGACUAUGACCAAAGACAAUCAGAAUUAUGCUGACUUUGUGAAUGCCUUAAAAUAACAAGCAAUGUAAUAAAACGCCACAUAACGGGACGUUUGCGCCGCGCUCUGGUUUGAAGCUGUAAAGGAAACAUCGUGGGCGGGUUACGUACCAGAGAACUUCAAACUUAUCAGUCUUUAUGAUCCAACUUUUUGGGUUCGUUUUAGUUUUCAUGUUUGGGGUUUUCAUUUUUUUGCACCGUCUGCUUUAACAGACGUCAUGUAUCUUAGUGCCUCUUCGGUCAAACACAUCAUCCUGUUAGCUCACAGUGAUAUGCAUUCACAGUGAUAUUCUGCUAAUCGAUCCAGAUGAGGGAUGACCAAGCGGUAAAACAAAACUGUUUGAAAAGUCUUCUGAAGUUGUUAAAUGAUUUAGAUUUCAGAUUCGUCUGACAUUAGAGUUAAGAAACUAAAGCAAAACUGUCAGAUUCAUCACAUCUAACUACAACGGUUGCAUUUUAAUUCCUCUUUGUUGCUUUAUUUUUCAGAUUUUCCCUGCUGCAGUAGUGCAUGGCUACGUUUUUGUUUUGUUGAAGGAAUACAGUGUUUUAGGGUAAAAUGCUUUUUUUUUUUUUUUUUUUUUUCUUUGAAACCUAAAACAACCUGUUGGCACACAGAUAUUUGGCUUCCUUUUGUAAUAAAGUAGUUAUGCUUAAAAAUCAGAGAUGGAUAAGAUAAUCCUCAAUAAACUUGGCAGAGGAAAUUUUUAUUUUCCUCUUAAGCUAGAGGGCAGCGACGCAUUCACUGUUUAUCAGUAAAACAUCUUGUAACACUUUAAAAGCUAAAUUGAUACGAGUUCAGAAUCAACCAAUUUUUAAUAAAUCAAUAUACAUUAACAGCAUCAAAACAAAUAUUUUCAGUUUCUAAAUGCAUCAACAAAUCAGGAAAUUGUGCAAAUAUUUAAAAUUGGUUACAAAGUCUCCCCAAAUCUGUUUUCUCCAGUCUAUUGCAUUUUAAUAAACUGGUUGUCAGCUGGGAGCAACUACUGCACUGAGAUGCCAUCAGGCUAAUAUCCUGUCAGGAUGCAAAGAAUGAAUUCAUUACACCUGGAACAAAUGUCACAUUUUAAACGAUCCUCUUUGAUAUUAAUAUUGGCCUCACCAACGUGGUGAUAUUUUCUUCAUCAUUACGUUCCUAUGACGCAUAAAGGUUUUUUGUUUUUUUUUCUGCUGGAUUCAGCUUCGUCUGUGCUGCAGUAAAUUUGUAUCCGAUUAAAUUUAAGCUGAAUUUUGACAUUUUCAGGCUGAACUCUCAAAACGAGAUCAAAAAUACAAGCAUAUCUGGUGAUUUGGAAGCUGUUAACACCUUUGAUCCCUUAAAUAAGAAGCUGUCUUUAAAAAAAAAAGCCUUUUUCUCUAUUUUUUAUGUUAACAAUGAUCCUGAAUGAAAUAACCGUCUUAAUAUCUUGUACGUUUUUUUUUUUUUUUUUUUUUUUUUGCAGGUUUCUGUUGCAUAUGAAUGUGGAUCGCCUGUUUAUUUUGAAUAAGCAGAUCUGUUACUGACUUAUCUGGAAUAAGCAGGCAAUAUAAACGGCAUCAGUACUGUAUCAUGUAAACCAUAUCUGCUUCUCUUCAGAUUUGUUUUCCUUCUAAUUGAUCAGAAUUAAGUCAUUUGUAAAUUGUCACCUUUUACUUUUAGGGCCUGGAGUCUGCACCGCAAUAAAUUGCAUAGGAAUAUGAUUCGCCUGUGUUAGAAUUUUUUUUUUUUUUUUUUUUAUUUAUAAAACGUGAUCUUGACUGUUGAAAUUUCCACCUCGUGGGCCAAACGGAUGUUUUGCUGUCUUUUCGACUAUGCAUGUUUGCAUUUUAGACGGAUGCUCUUCUAGUGAGUGCACAGUUAAUAUGGAAGAUGAUUUAUUAUUCUGUUUUCAUUUUUUAAAAAAAAGUUAAAUUAAAAUAGGAAAUUGA